AUGAUCGUGAUGAGCAAAGGAAAUCUUUAUUUAAUGAGCGUCUUCGUCAACAACGGAGUUGAUUUAUCUGCAGAGCAUAUAGAGAAGAGAAGCUCGUGGCUCAUUUCGACCAACCUUUCCAUAUGGGUUAUCGAUUUGGAUCACGACUAUGCUGAGGCCGAGAAGGUGUCGUGGAGCAAGUUCACCUUGUCGUCAUAUGAUGAGUAUUCAAUCCUUGAUGACAUUCACAUUCGGCUUUCAUUUGGGGGUUUCUACGAAGAGAAGAAAGUCCCCAUGUUUUCUGGUCAAAGGUUGAAUUGCCAUUUACUUAACCUACAUUGGAGGGGACGGAUACGGCGUGAUUAUAUAGAACGUGAGCUACCCGCAUUCGAGGAUAGGGUUUGGCGAGAAUGCGUGUGCUUUUACGUUCCAAGUUUAGUGCAAAUCAAGCAACCUAAAGGAGGCCAAAGUGGGAAAAAACAAAGUGAUGUAGAAAAGCUUCGCUAUGAUGAAAUGAUGUCGAGACUUUCCUACUUUGAAAGGAGGUGCAAAAGGCUUGACCUCGAGUUAGCUAAGAAGAAGGCGUCCACUUGUAAAAAACUCAUAUCCACUAUAACCAGAAAAAGCUCGGUCCAGCUCAUUUUUGUCCACCAAUAG